AUGAACUCGAGCAACCACGUACUAUGGAAAGAUGCUGUAGCCGCCGACAAUUUAGACUUCGACUGGGCCAUGUGGCUUGUCCUACGAGCUGUUUAUUAUGAUACUGAUUCAACAGCCAACCGUCUGUCCUUCAAGAAUUCGCUUGCGGCAAAGAAGAUUACUGAGCGCUACCAAGGAAUUGAUGUUCUCUAUGACAAUUUCCUCAUCACCGAUGCACCUCGACCUAGUAAAUGGGGCCGUAUUGCCAAUCAUCGCGCUUCUAAUCCUGAGUUCCUACCAAUCGGUCAAGGUGACAGUCAACAAAAACCCACCAAUCCUUCCAUCCAGCCAUCUGGUAUCACUCACCCUCUCGGUAAAGUCGACGAAGGGUGCUUGCACGGAAACAACAUCGCAAUCGAUGGUGAGGUUGUUAUGCAUGGGAGGGGGGCAAUUGAUAAACACAAUGGGAUGAUGUGUAUACGGGUUGAGAUUGUUGUAUUUGCGCUUGCCCAGGCUUGUAGUGGCAUGCUCCUUGAGAAGCUAUUCACGCAUCGCAUCAUCGUCAUCUCCAUCGUCACCCUCAAAAAAGAUGCUGGUUAG